GUUCACUGCUGUGACCCGAAACCAUGCUGCCCAGUGACAGCCGAACCGGUUCGACGGUGGUCUACACUCCCUUUGCAGCAUACUCCGUGUCCACCGCGUCCACCAUGGCCAGCGGAGCCGACAACCAAGGAACGGGUUGCCAGAGCGGCCCAACGACAAGCGUCUCUCCGGCCACUUCUGCAGCGGUGGCAGCGCUAACUGCAGCCGCUGCAGCCUCUGCAGGGAUCUCCCCAAGCGCAAAAGAUUCCCGAUGGCUAACCCUUGAGGUAUGUCGUCAGUAUCAGCGGAAUCAGUGCUCACGAGACGAGAACGAAUGCAAGUUCGCGCACCCACCGACUCACGUGGACGUGCAAAACGGACGAGUGGUCUGUUGCUACGAUUCCAUCAAGGGAAAAUGUCAGCGACGCGAUCCACCGUGCAAAUACCUUCACCCCCCACAACAUUUACGCGAACAGCUGAUGCAGAAUGGACGAAACAACAUGAUAUUUCGAAAUAUGCAACUUCAGCUGUUCCAGCAGCAAUUGAUCGCACGAAGUGGUGGGGUGCUACCCUUCAACGCACCAAGUGCAAUCGCAUGCGCCACUGCGGCAUGUAAUUCUCCAGGAUCCAAUUCGUCGUCCUUAGCAAGUAAUCCGAAUUCGCUACUUUAUGCGGGAUCGGCACCCCUCACACUCGGCACCUCGGCGCCCUCAAAUGCUUACUCCUUUCUGAACAUCGGCUUUCCACCGUACUUGGGUGCGCUUACCAACGGAGCACAUGGGGUUCCACAUCCCUUACCUAUUCCAGUAGGAACUGACGUUAUACCUACAGACGUGAACACUUCCCCCACGAAACGUGAUGUGUUGGCAGAGGGAAAAACUACACUUCCUCUUUAUCUCCCCCGAACGAACGGAACAAUGGCCAAUGGUGCGUUCGGCAGAAAACUUGGCAACCACGAAACCUCUGGAAGUUGUGUGAUGGUGGUAAAUGGAAAUUCGGUGGACUCGAUGAAAGAAUUGAAUGGGACAUCUAAUUCAACCAGCAUGCGGUGCGCGACCGGAGGCACAUUGACCGGUGCGGCAACGCUAUUCGCGUUGCAUCAUCCGGGGACUUCAGCUCUGUUGAAUUUGCCUCCACCACAUCAGCCAACCCACACGAUAACGCCUCUCGCGACAGCACCGUUGGCUGCUGUCGUAAAUGGAGGGAGCGCUUUGGGUCCUAACCAUUAUCCAACACUGGCUGAACACGCGGGGUAUUUUCAGCCAGCAUAUCAUAUUGAGUUACCGCCUUACCAAUACAACUAAGACCAUGUGCUGGCGCAUAAGCAUCACGUGCCGUGAUUGUCUGCUGCAGCUGCAGUCGACCUACCCUUCACCUUCGUCUUCAUUCGCGAGUGCACAGACUCGUCGAACAAAUGAACAUUGCAGUUGUCCCGGUACGCCCUCCUUGCCACCGGCUCCACAGACAUACACACACACACCGAAACACCUUGCCGGCCUUUGUUUUACUUAUUAUUUCUGUUCCGUUUCACUCUCACACGAUUUGCCUAUUUCCCGUACCUGCGGUGUAACGUGAUUGGUUAUCCGGUUUAUUUUACUGUUCAGAGAAGAGCAGUAUCCGAUACUUAUCCGGGGAUACACUUGGAUUACCAUGUCCACACUCAAACCAGGGCAAUUCGCAAAGCUUGAAGCACACAAUCAAGUGAUUGAUACCAUCGUCGGUAAUCGUCUAGUAAUCAUCCAAUUAACCGGUGCACGCGCAUCUAGGAAAUAUGGAGCUUACAUGAAGAACCUAUCGACAAAUUCAACUCUGCUCUUGUUAAUUCUUCCAGAGAGAAAGUCGAGAAAAGUGCAGUUAUUUUUUCAGGCGCCUAAUUUUCGGUUGUCCUACACAGUUUCAUACAUUCGAUCGCGAAAAAUAGUAUUUUUUCGGAUGAAAUCUCCUUCACCUCUACCUUCAUGUAGUCAUUUACCGUUUCCAUGCAAUUUAUCACAUUGUCAGAAGUGGUCGAUAGCCUAACGAGCUACAUAGAUGACGGAGACAGGCGUUUUGUUCCCAUUUUCAACUUACUCCCAGUGCUCUUUCGUUUCCGCAUGCUACAUGUUCAGUUUGGACAAAGUGCCCACAGCAGUCGGCAUCAUACUAUCGACUGAAGCCCGUUUCCUUGUUCGGUACAUCUGUUGCUGGUAUCCAAAGGCGCCAGUGAUCAAUCCAUUUACAUUACCGCGCAUUUCGCAACAACAUCCCAGAUUUUCUUGAGCUAUCAAUCCACAAAACCAACCAUUCUUUUUCAUACAACUGACGUUGCAUAAGAUCUGUCGUGGAUGUGUUAGUUCGUUCCGCAAUCCCCAUCAUUACUUCCCACUGAGUUUUUAAAUCCGCUCCUCCCGAUUCGAAGAAGACAGCAACUCGUAAAAAGCACUCCUCAUCCUUUACCGACGGAAAUUAGCCAAUCUUUCCCUUUAUUUUUCUUUUUGUUUACCAAAUAAAAUUUUGUACUAAACGAGAAAAGGGACAAUUUCGCUGAAAGUUCCGACUUGUAUCACUUAUAUUCAUACAAGUACAUCAACAGAUUAUGUCGAGC